GAUCAUCCAAGUCAUGAACACACGAACAAACACACUACGUAUUACAGUACUAUUCAAUGGACGACGGAGUUUGCUCCUGCUUGCAUGCUUCCCGGCCGGUACGUACAAGAGCCACACGACUGACACACGGGUGCCAGCGAGUUUGGCCUGAACGUGCAUGGGCGGCUUUGUUCGAUCACCCAACCAAUUACGUGGAAGGAGACGCACGGGCGGCGGGGCAUAUUGACUGUGCAGUACCAGUGUGCACGCGACUGACACAAAGGCAUUGCAUGUACGUUUCACAUUUUACACGGGACACAUCAUUAGUCCCUCCUGGCUUUUUGCUUGUCUGUUAAUGCCUUCUCCCCCCAGCAUCCCAUCGCAUUAGCCACAUAAUUAAAUCGAAAAGCAAAUCCUGUCAUGUCCCGGCCGGGAUCGAUCGAAUCCCGCGUCACUCUCGCUAAAACAAAAGUCCCGGUCCAAACCUACCUUCCUGCCUUGUUCCCUCGCCCACGAUCGAUCGCCCGGGACACACGUAUAUAUAACCCACCCCACUGCUCCACUUGACCGGCAUCAGCAUCGAUCAUCCGACACACAUCUAGCUCGCACGCACAAGCCAGCAGGAAACAAAGUACUCUAACAAAGACACACGCCAAGGAGAAGGAUCGACCGAUGAGUUCGCCGGCGGAGAGCUACGAGAGGCUGGGCAGGGCGAUGAGGUGGCGGAGGCGGGCCAGGGGGUUCCGGCUCUGCGCGGGCCGGAGCAACCGGUUCUCCGUGCGCCGGCUGCGGGCCAAGCUCGUGGCGUUCCUGGGCCUCGUGGGCCGCAGCGCGCGCCUGCUGGCGACCAGGCUAGGCCGCCGCUGCGCGCGGACCGGCAGCAGCAGCACGAGAGAGCUCGUGGCGACGGCGCCAACGCCGGCGGCGAACAGCAGCAAGGGGGCGCCGAGGAGGGCAGCGGCGUCCUUCAUGCGGACAAACUCCUUCUACGCGCAGGCCAUCGCCGACUGCCUCGAGUUCAUCAAGCGCAAUUCCGUCCCCGUCGAAGACUACUCAACCGCAGCAGCGGCGGCGGCGGGGUCGAUCGGCGCAGCCGGGAAAAGGACGCUGGCCGGCUAGCUAGCUAGACGCCUCCUCUGUUUUUGAACGUAUACGUGGACAAUUGAGCUAGCUGAUGAACUAUUAUAUAGCUGCAAAAUUUCUGUACAUGUCCGAGAUGUGAAACUUAGCCUAGUGAACUAGUGAUACGCACACGUAGUAAUUAAACACGGAUUUGGUGUUAACACUGAGUACGGUGUGAAAUCUGAGUUGCCGUAUGUUGAAAUUCUUGAGCGUGUUUGUUA